AUGAAUUUUAAUGACAUAAUUCAACAAUCUAUUGAAGAUAUUCAUUUAAAUGUUUUUUAUGAACAUUUUACAAAAAAUGACGAACAAAUUGAUUCUUAUUUAUUGAAUUAUUUAGAAAUAGUUCGAAAUCUAUUAGUUAAUAAUAAAGAAAUUGAUAAAAGUAAACUUUAUUUAAAAAUUCUUUUGGAAUAUUCAUGGGAAAAAUUAAAUACAGGCAUAUGGCAAGAUGUUAAAGAUGUAUAUCGAUAUUUAUAUGCCUAUGCUUGUUAUUUUGAUGUACUUGUUGAUUGUAGAAUAUUAAUACAAAAUGAUCAAUAUCAAGAAAUUAUAAAAAAAUGUGAUUUAGGUAUUUUACUUGGUGGACCAAUCCUGGAAAAACAAUUCAAUGAACUUAUUUCUAUAAUUAAUCAAAAUUUUAAUAAUAAUCAAGAUAAAGAUAUUGAUAUUCAUUCACCAAAACGAAUUCGUCUUGAUAAUGAUGAUAAUUUCAAUUGGAUGCCAAUUCCAAUACUUGAUCUAACAAAAGCAAUUGAACGUAUUUAUUGUCCAUCAAUUGAACAAUUUCUGACAUGUUAUAUACAAAAGAAAAAACCUGUUAUUCUCACUGGAUGCAUAGAUCAUUGGCCAGCAAUGAGAAAAUGGAGUUUUGAUUAUCUAAUUAAAUUAGCUGGUGAUCGAACAGUACCGAUUGAAUUAGGUAGUCGUUAUUCUGAUGAUGAUUGGACACAAAAACUAAUGACAAUAGCAGAUUUUGUUAAUCAGUAUUGUAGACAAAGAUCAUCAAGAUGCGGUUAUCUAGCACAACAUCCUUUAUUAGAUCAAAUUCCUGAUUUAAAAAAAGAUAUUUGUAUACCUGAUUAUUGUUAUAUUAGUUCUACUGACAAUGAAGAUGAAGAAGUUGAUCUCAAUGCAUGGAUUGGUCCAAAACAAACAAUAUCACCGUUGCAUAAUGAUCCAAAACAAAAUCUUCUUGCUCAAGUUGUUGGAGAAAAAUAUAUUCGAUUAUAUGAUCCGAUUCAUUCAUCGAGAUUAUAUGCACUUGGUUCAACUAUGUUAAAUAAUACAAGUUCGAUUGACGUUGAAAAUCCUGAUUAUGAACGAUUUCCUCUAUUUAAAGAUGUUCCAUAUUUAGAAUUUAUACUUCAACCAGGUGAAAUGCUUUAUAUGCCUGCUCGUCAUUGGCAUUAUAUGAAUUUCACAGAAUUAUUUCAGGUAACAUCACGUCAAUGUUCAUUUUCACCUGAUAAUCAAUAUUUAGCAUGUGUUAAUCAAUAUCGUUUAAUUAUUCGUUCAUCAACAACAUUAGAAAUAAUUAAUUUAUUUCCUUGUAUUGAUACAAUCGAUACUAUUGAAUGGUCAUAUGAUUCACGUUUUAUAUUAGCUGGUUUAAUUAAACGUGCUGCUAUACAAAUAUUUUCAUUAGAUAAUCCAGAAUGGAAAUGUAAAAUUGAUGAAGGUUCAGCUGGACUUUGUCAUGUACAUUGGGCACCAGAUUCUCGACAUAUAUUAACAACAGCACAAUUUUAUUUACGUAUUACUGUUUGGUCAUUAACAUCAAAAAAUGUUUCAUAUAUUAAAUAUCCAAAAAAACUUUCACCAAAUUCAUAUAUAUUUAAUUUAUCAAAAUCAUAUAUGGCAUUAGUUGAACGUCGAAAUGAUAGUACAGAUCAUAUAUCAAUAUUUGAUUAUUCAUCAAAUUGGUCUAUGAUUGGACAUUUUCAACCAAAUGAAUUUGAAGAUCUACAAGGUAUUGAAUGGUCACCAAAUAGUGAUAUUUUAUGUUUAUGGGAAAAUUGUUAUGAAUAUAAAAUUGGUUUUUAUACACUUGAUGGACAAUUAUUAAAUAUAUAUAAACCAGAAAAUGAUCGUUUUUCAUUAGGUAUACGUUGUGCACGUUGGUCGCCAACUGGACAAGUUCUUGUUGUUGGAGAUUAUGAUGAACAUUUAACAAUAUUUAGUUAUUUAACAUAUAAAAAAAUUCGUGAACCUUUUCAACAUCCACAAAGAUUAUCAUCAGGAAAAGGUUAUACUAUUCUCAAAGAAGAAGAAUAUAAUGUUGAUGAUAAUAAAGAAACAAAUGAGAAUGGUCAACGUAAAUUCUAUUCAUCUUCUAAUUAUACAUCAGCUGCUGUAUCAAAAAGUUCGAUUGAAUCAAAAUAUAUAAUAUAUAAUGGUACACUUCAAAUUGCUCCAAUAAAACCUGAUCUUGAUCGUGCUCAUCCUCGAUUAGGUGUUUCAUCAAUUGAAUUUUCUAAUUCAGGUCAAUAUGUAUCAACAAUUAUUGAUACAAUGCCAAAUCUUUUAUUUAUAUUUGAUUUUAAACCAACAUUUCAUCUAGCUUUUGUACUUAUUCAUAUUCAACCGAUACGAUGUAUUAAAUGGGAACCAAAACGUGAUCAUUUAGCUUUAUGUACACAUAAUAAUCGUUUAUAUAUUUGGUCAUCUCAAGGUGCUUCUUGUAUUAAUUUACCUUAUGAAUCUUCAAAACAUAAUAUAGAUGAAAUUAAAUGGAAUGAUAAUAAUAAUAAUUCAAUACCAAGUAUUGCAUUAAUUGGACAGAAUACUAUGUGUGUAGGUUUUGUCGAUCUUGAUGAUAAUGACAUAUGA